GGGAAUUACAGCUAAAACCUAAAAGAUCCCUGCCAAUAUAAAUGAAAGAAAGGAUAGAGUUAAGCACUCUCUAAUUCCUAAAACAAUAAUGGUUGAUUUUGUUAGUAAUAAGAAUGGAUUGACAAAGAAUGACCUAGUUUGGUUUUUUGGUUUUUUUGUUAAGGUUAUUUUGGGUUUGGUUUUUUCCCCAGCUUGUUUCUGAGAAUUGGACCAAAAGAAAAAAAGGAAAAUUGGUAUUUGUUUUUAUUGAAGCCGCAGUUGACUGUUGUGCAAUAUUAAACUGUGUCAAACAGCAAAUAAAGGAGGAAACUCUGAGAUAAAAAUGUCCUGGUUCAGUUUGUAUUUCAUUAUUUCUUAGGUUCCAAGCCUGAAAAAUGCAGUUUUUGUUGCUUGUCAGCUUUCUGUUUUUCUACAGUACCCAAGUCUGGGCAAGAGAGAGGCACUACUAUAUUGGGAUUAUUGAAACAGCUUGGAAUUAUGCUCCCAUCAGUGAUGAGAAGAAACUGAAUUUUGAAGAAUUAGAACCUGAAUCCAAACUCUAUCUUCAAAGAGGGCCAGACAGAAUAGGAAGUACUUACAAGAAAGCCAUAUAUGUCCAAUAUACUGACAACCUCUUUACAACAAUAAUUGAAAAACCAUCCUGGUUGGGAUUUGUAGGCCCUAUUAUUCGGGCAGAGACUGGAGACAAAGUUUUUGUGCAUGUAAGAAAUUUUGCUUCCAGAGCCUACACUUUUCAUGCACAUGGAAUAACCUACUAUAAGGACCAUGAAGGUGCUCUCUAUCCUGAUAAUACCACAGGCCCACUCAUAAAUGAUGAUAAACUACAACCAGGAGCACAAUACACAUAUGAAUUAUUUGUCCAUGAACAGCAAGGCCCUGGUUUGGAGGAUAGUAACUGUGUGUCCAGGAUCUACCACUCACACAUAGAUGCCCCAAGAGACAUCGCAUCUGGACUCAUUGGCCCUUUGAUAAUUUGCAAAAAAGAUACAUUAGAUAAUGAGAAGGAAAAAGAUAUCGAUAAAGAAUUUGUUGUGAUGUUUUCUGUGGUGGAUGAAAACAUGAGUUGGUAUUUAGAGGAAAACAUUAACACCUACUGUUCUGGAAAAGUUGAAGAGGACAAGGAAGACUUCCAAGAGAGCAAUCGGAUGUACUCUAUAAAUGGAUAUACUUUUGGAAGCCUCCCUGGGUUCACUAUGUGUGCAGAAGACAAGGUGAAAUGGUACCUUUUUGGCAUGGGCAAUGAAAUUGAUGUGCACGCUGCUUUUUUCCAUGGGCAAACUUUGACUAAUCAGCAUCAUCGAGUUGAUACUAUAAAUCUAUUCCCUGCCACACUGAUUGAUGCCUUAAUGGUGGCAAAGAACCCUGGAGAAUGGCUGCUUAGCUGCCAGAAUUUCAACCAUAUGAAAGCUGGCUUGAAGGCCUUUUUCCAGGUUCAGGAUUGCAAAAAACCUUCAUAUGAUAAUGUUGAUGGGAAAACUAUUAGACAUUACUACAUUGCGGCUGAAGAAAUCAUCUGGAAUUAUGCUCCUUCUGGCGUAGACUUAGACGCCCCUGGAAGCUCCUCAGAAGUAUUUUUCAAACAAGGAGCUGAUAGAAUUGGAGGAAUUUAUAAAAAACUGGUUUUCCGCGAGUAUACAAGUGACGCUUUCACCCAACGCAAAGACAGACUCCCUGAAGAGAAACAUCUGGGCAUCCUAGGUCCUGUCAUUAAGACAGAAGUUGGAGAGACCAUCAAAGUUACUUUCUUCAAUAAGAGUCCCUUUCCUCUCAGCAUUCAGCCAACUGGUGUAAGAUUCGACAAGCAUAAUGAAGGAUCCCAUUACAAUUCACUCCAUGAAGGUAUUUCUUUUACUUCUCCUUCUUCAAAUGUGACACCCCAAACAAAGUUUACCUAUGAAUGGACUGUCCCAGAUGGAGUGGGUCCUACAUACCAGGAUCCUAACUGUUUAACCAAGAUGUACUACUCUGGUGUAAAUCCCAUUAAAGACAUGUUUACUGGACUUAUUGGUCCUCUCAUCAUAUGUAGAAAAGGAAGUUUGGAUUCUGAUGGUAGACAGAUAGGUAUGGACAAAGAGUUCUAUUUGUUCCCCCUAGUAUUUGAUGAAAAUGAAAGUCUGUUCUUGGAUGAAAAUAUCCAAAUGUUUACAAAAGAACCUCACCAAGUGGAUAAAGAAGAUGCUGAUUUUCAAGAAUCCAAUAAAAUGCAUUCCAUAAAUGGAUUCAUGUACUGGAAUCAGCCUGGACUUGAAAUGUGCCUAGGAGAUACUGUUUCAUGGCACUUAUUCAGUGCUGGAAAUGAGGCUGAUAUACAUGGGAUAUACUUUGCAGGAAACACAUUCCUCUCUAGGGGAGAACAGAAGGACACAGCUAACCUUUUCCCUCAAACAUCUCUUACACUCCUUAUGACACCUGACUCUGCAGGACUUUUUGAUGUUGUAUGCCUAACAACAGAUCACUACACAGGAGGCAUGAAACAGAAAUAUCUAGUGAAAGAGUGUGAGAAGUCUAUAUCUGACACAACACUAUAUCUACACCAGAAAGUCUACUACAUUGCUGCUAAGGAAGUGGAAUGGGAUUAUUCCCCAAGCAGGCACUGGGAAGAAAAACUGCAUAAUUUACAAGAACAGCAAAAUGUUUCCAAUGUGUUUUUAGAUAAAGAAGAAUUCUUCAUAGGUUCCAAAUACAAGAAGGCUGUAUAUCGUCAAUACACUGAUAAUACAUUUAGUACUCCAAGAGAGAGAAAAGAAGAUGAGGAACAUUUGGGAAUUCUAGGUCCACAACUUAUGGGAUAUGUUGGUGGCAAAGUUAUAAUUGUCUUUAAAAACAUGGCAUCGAGACCUUAUUCGAUACAUGCCCAUGGGGUGAAAACUCCUAAUUCUGUGGUAGUUCCAACACAACCAGGUCAAACGCAGACUUAUACUUGGGAAAUCCCCCAAAGAUCUGGUGCUGGAAUAGAAGAUUCUCCUUGUAUUCCCUGGGCUUACUAUUCAACUGUAGAUCAAGUUAAGGAUCUUUACAGUGGAUUAAUUGGUCCUCUGAUUAUUUGCCGCAGACCUUUUAGACCUGUAUAUGGAGCCAUAAAGAAACUCCAGUUUUCUCUUCUAUUUUUAGUUUUUGAUGAAAAUGAAUCUUGGUAUUUAGAUGAAAAUAUCCAAACUUACUCUGCUGCACCAGAAAAAGUAAACAAGGAAGAUGAAGAUUUUAUAGAAAGCAACAAAAUGCAUGCAAUUAAUGGACUAAUGUUUGGAAAUUUACAUGGUCUGACAAUGCGUGUUGGAGAUAAAGUCAACUGGUAUCUCAUGGCCAUGGGAAAUGAAAUUGACCUGCAUAGUGUACAUUUCCAUGGACACAGCUUUGAAUAUAAGUUUGGAGGAGUUUAUCGUUCAGAUGUCUUUGACCUCUUCCCUGGGACAUCCCAAACGAUCGAGAUGUAUCCAAAUGUGCCCGGAACAUGGCUACUUCACUGUCAUGUGACUGACCACAUCCAUGCUGGAAUGGAAACUACCUAUACUGUCCUUAAAAAUGAAGGGGGAAACUGGAAAGAACAGGAUCUACUGUCCAAUAAAGGAUCUCCUCAGACUCAUAGGAAGAUAAUAGAUAUGAAAUAUCAAUUUCUAGUACUUCUAACAAUUUUUUCCCAGCUGUCAAUCACGGGACAACUCUGAGAAUAAGAUAUAUUAUGUCAUUCAAGCAAUAGACCAUCCAACUGCAAUGACGUUCUGGACCACAGGCAUUAUUCAGCUACUUAACAUUUCCUGUUUGGAUUGUCAAGUCAAUCUCUGAUGAACACUGAUGGAUGGCAUCAUACCUCCAUGAAGUCUGAUUUAAUCAAGGCAAUGCCAUCUGCACACAGUAAUGUCCAGAGGGCCAUUAAAUACACUUCUCGCACUGGGACUCUGCCCACUCCAGACACCUCCAUGUCACACCUCCAUGAUCCUUUCUCUGGCUGCCUACUCCAAUCUUGCAAACACUCCAGCUCCUGCCCUGGGAUCCUGAUCUUGUGAUCGGUAAGAUUUCUUCCUAGCUAGCUUGACCCAGAGCCACCAUGUGAGCUACAGACACCUUCAGACCAUGCUGUGGGAGGUACAUGCCCUUCCUGCCAACCCCAAACUUCUUUCUACAUGAUUUCCAACAAAGAGGGAAGCAUUUAGAUUAUACUUUCCUUUAGGUCAGGGACUGUCUUUGACCUCUUUUUGCAUUCACAGGGUGAGCACUUAAUAAAUGUUUACUAAACUGAAAAGUAUUUGAACACUCCAAAUGUUGUAGUUUAAUAAUCCAUGAGGUUAAACCUGGAUCAUUCAUAUAGAAGAAUGUAAGCUCUUUGAGGGCACGGCCCAUUUCUUAUUUUAUAUCUGUAUCUCCAGAACAAAAUGGAAUCAAAUCAUAACACUAAAUUAUCCGUUCUACUGUGUGCCUGUUUAUUCUCCUCCUGCCAAUUAUACAAUUAAAGGUAGAUUUUGUUGUCUAGGAGUGUUCAUGUAAAUACACACACCCAUUAAAAUCCCUAAGAGGCCUUAAAUGGAUUUCUAGGAGUGUUUAUAUAAAUAUGCAUACCCACAAACUUCCUAAGACACUUUGAAUAGACUGGCUGUUUCAAUCUUUGUUCUUUCAAAGAAGUGAGAGAAUCUUGGCAACAACUGCUGAAAUGAUUAAACAUAUGAAGUAAUAUAUUACUGUGUGUAAACACACGAAUAUUUACAUGUAUGUAUGUGAACAUAUGAAACAAUAGUAAUAAAAGAAAACAAUCAAAUUAGGAAGUGCAAGCCUAAGGUAGCUGCUGGCCAAAGAUUUUUGCCAAACAAAAUUAUUCACUUUCAUAAAAGAAAUGCUGUCAUUACCUGUAAUUUAGAAAGGUCUUCUGCAUAAUUUUGAUCAUGUAAAGAAUCUGAUGAUGUUAAGAAGUUAACCCAGGGGUAAAUUAAACCAUAAUGACUACAGGAGUUUAUCUGAAAAGGAAAAUAAAUUUCCUGUUAAACCAGAAAACAAAAAGCAAAAAACACACCACAAAAUGAUUUUUAUUCUGCUCUAACAGGCAUUUUCUAAAAUGUAUAAGCACCAUGCUACCUUUUUAAAGAAUCUAACUGUAUUCCUAUUAAGUUAACAUUUUCUUAAGUAGCAAUUUAAAAUGCUUAUUAGUUUUGAAGUACUAUUUUCUAGAAUUUCCUGACUUGUACACUCCUUUUUGUGAUUAUAAAGAGGGACACAUAAAAUCUUAGGACAAUUCAGUUUUUGCAAUAGAGCCUCAGCAUUUUCUUUUCUGUGUUCAUGCCUGCUAUGAUGUGGGCUCCCAGAGAGCAGGAAUGGGCUGGGUUUUUGUCUUUAUGGUACAAUGCAGACAUUUAAUAAAUGCUUGAUUGAUUUAUUAAUUA